AUGUCUGAUAUAGUUAGGAAGACGGAAGACAUCAAGGAUUCUUCGAUUGAUACGAAGGAUGCAAAGGAUGUGGCGGCCAAAGAUGUAAAGGAAAAGGAAACAUCCCUGUCCGUGACCCAUGAACACGAAAAGAAAAAGCAAGCAUUUGUUACAAGAACUAUAUGGACAAUUGUCAUGAUAGCGUUUUUCUUCACCUGUUUGUUGUCAGGUCAUCUUGCUUUGAUUAGUGUUGUAUUUCUCUUACAGACGUUGACUUUCAAGGAGAUCAUAAGUUUGACUGCUGAGCCAGCUAGAGACAAGAAAUUGCCGUUCAACAAAUUGUUAAACUGGUAUUUCCUUUUUGCGACCAUCUACUACUUAGACAGUGAAAGCUUCUUUAACUUUUUCCAGGAAUCAAUUUAUGAUAACAAAAUUUUAUCAUUAUUAGCAAUUCAUCAUAGAAUUAUUUCAUACACGUUUUACAUUGCUGGAUUCAUUUUCUUUGUUGCUACAUUACAAAAGGGUUACUACAAGUUUCAGUUUGCUCAAUUGUGCAUGACCCAUACGACCUUGAUAUUAGUGGUCUUCCAAAGUCAUCUUAUUAUUGAUAAUAUUUUGAAUGGAUUAAUCUGGUUUUUCUUACCGGUAGGGUUAGUUAUUGUUAAUGAUAUCUUUGCUUAUCUUUGUGGUAUUACCUUCGGUAGAACUCAAUUGAUUGCCAUUUCUCCAAAGAAGACUGUUGAAGGUUUUGUUGGUGCUUGGGUUUGUACUGGUCUCUUUGCAUUACUUUUCGCAUUCUUUUUAUCAAAGUCCAGUUACUUGAUAUGCCCUGCUACAAACUUAACGACAAAUAUCUUUAAUUAUCCAAGAUGUGAUCCAAACCCUGUUUUCAUUUCUCAAAUUUAUCAAUUGCCUGCUAAUUUGGUAGAAAUUUUCCAUUUGGAAACUAUUUCUUUAAAACCAAUUUAUAUACACGCAUUAAACUUUGCUACUUUUGCUUCAUUAAUUGCCCCAUUUGGUGGGUUUUUUGCUAGUGGUUUGAAAAGAGCAUUCGGUAUUAAGGAUUUUGGUGAUACCAUUCCAGGUCAUGGUGGUAUUACGGAUAGAUUAGAUUGCCAAUUUUUCAUGGGAUCCUUUUCUUAUUUGUACAUUCAAACUUUUGUUUCUAUCAGCCACGUCAACAUCGGUAAUUUACUUCAAUUAGCAAUUAUGAACUUAUCAAUUCCUCAAGUAGUUCAAUUGGUGAAAUCUUUGUUAAAGUAUUUGAAUAAUUCUGGCGUCGUUGACGAUAAUAAAUUAACAAAAAUUUUCGAAAUAUUAGACGUUACUCUUGCAAAUGCUUAG